AUGGCUGACGCUGCACCGACUGGAGAACGUGGAGGAUUUGGCCGUGGCCGUGGUGGCCGCGGUGGUCGUGGCGGCCGUGGACGUGGCCGUGGUCGCGGCCGCGAAGAGUCGAAGGAGUGGGUCCCUGUGACCAAGCUCGGCCGUCUGGUCAAAGAAGGCAAGAUCGGCUCGCUCGAAGAGAUCUACCUCUUCUCGCUGCCUAUCAAGGAGUGCGAGAUCGUCAACUACUUCCUCGAGUCGUCGCUCAAGGACGAAGUCAUGAAGAUCAUGCCUGUGCAGAAGCAGACGACUGCUGGUCAGCGUACGCGUUUCAAGGCUUUUGUCGCUGUGGGUGACAGCAACGGCCACAUUGGCUUGGGUGUCAAGUGUGCGAAGGAGGUGGCGACGGCGAUCCGUGGCGCCAUUAUUCUGGCCAAGAUCUCCCUUGUCCCGGUGCGUCGCGGCUACUGGGGCCGUAUGGUUGGAGCUCCCCACACUGUUCCCAACAAGGUGACGGGCAAGUGUGGCUCUGUCCGUGUGCGUCUCAUCCCGGCUCCUCGUGGUACGGGCUUGUGUGCUGCUCCUGUGCCCAAGAAACUUCUGGGUAUGGCCGGCAUCGAAGACUGCUACACGUCGGCUCGUGGCCACACGCGCACAAUGGGGAACUUUGUGAAGGCGACGUUCUAUGCGCUGCGUGCGACUUACGCGUACUUGACGCCGGAUCUCUGGGAGCAGCACUCGUUUGCGCCGUCGCCUUACCAGGAGCACACGGACUUUUUGGCCAAGACUGCUAUCAAGAAGUAG